AUGUCAAAUGUGGAUUUGAAACCUAAGUAUGAACCAGGUGAAAAACUUCUUUGCUUCCAUGGACCUCUUAUGUAUGAAGCCAAGUGUCUGGAUGUCAAGGUGAAAGAAGAUGGAGUAAUGUAUUUUGUACACUACCAAGGUUGGAAUAAGAAUUGGGAUGAGUGGGUAACUGACAAACGUAUGUUCAAAUAUAAUGAAGAGGGUUUAAAGAAACAAAAGGAGUUGGAACGGCAGAUAAGGUCUGGGAAAGUCAAAGUCUUAAGAAAAUCUGAAUUAAAGUCACAAUCUCUACCACCUCCGGAAGUUUUGAAGGAUGUGGAGCGCACGCUGAAGCCUGCUAAUGUUAAACAAGAAGAGGAGAGUCCUAAAGCAAAGCAGUCUAAAAGUAACGGUGAAGCCGAUCAAAAACCGAGUACACCUGUGACGAUAGAAGUAAAGGAGAGCGAAGAUUCCAAGGCACCAUCAAAGCCUUCCGAAGAAUCUAACAGCGUAUCCAACAAUACUACAGUAUCAAGCAGAAGAAGAAAAAGUCGGGCGACAUCAGGAAUAAAAUCUAUUGAGAAUGAUGACUGUUUACUUUCAAAGCCGCAACUACUGGUAUCUAUACCUCCAUCUUUAAAGGCGUGGCUCGUGGAUGAUUGGGACUUGAUUACUCGUCAAGCUCGUCUUUACGAGCUUCCUGCUUCCCAACCAAUAUCCGCUCUUUUGUCUGACUUCUUAGAAAGUGCUGAAAUCGAGGUGAAAUCUGAACCCACUUCUGAACCUCAAAAUGCUCAACAUAAUAUAAAUCCUGCAAUAAGACCUGAUUUAAGACGUGAAUUUCUCGCUGGGAUUCAGCAUUACUUUAAUUUGAUUAUCGGUUCUCAUCUUCUAUAUAAAUUUGAACGGUUACAAUAUGCUGAACUUUUAAAGCGUCACACAGAUAAAAGAAUGUCAGAUAUUUAUGGUUCAAUUCACUUAUUAAGGCUGUUUGUUAAGCUUCGGGACAUGGUUUCUUGUACCAAAGUCGAUGUAAAUAGUCUGCCUUUUUUAGAAGCAUUGGUCAACGAAUUCUUGCAAUUUUUAAGACAGAAUGAAGGUCGUUACUUCCGACUUGAAGAUUACACUGUAGCGACGGCAGAAUAUCAACGGAGAGCAAUGUGCUAA